AUGCGUUUCUUCCACGUCUUCCCUUUACUCCUGGCUCCCUUGGCCCUGGCUGCUCCCGAGCCGCGACCCAAUCCCGUUGCUGCUGCGGCACCAGCCGCCACUGGCGGACUACUCGAGGAACUGCCCGAUAUCCUAGGUGGUGUUUCGGGUCUCUUGACCAAGGAUAAUGUCAACAAAUUGGAUACCAUUCUCGAUGGUGCGGCCAAGCUGCUCAAGUCCGACAAUAUCGAUAUCUUGCAGGAUAUUCUGAACAACGCACAUUCCCUGUUGACCAAGAGCUUUGUCGAUAACACGACGACUCUUAUCGGGGAUGCGACGCCACUGGUGGAGGACGUUUCCAAGCUUCUGGGUGGUAUCUUGGGAUCAUUGUGA